AGAAUUUUGCAUGCAAGGCCCAAAUGUUUGUUAACCAAGAUGAUGAGUGCUGACACAGAUGCAGUUGGUGCUGUAAAUCAGGUGGAACUGGAAGAGCAAACACAACUUAUCCAUCAAGUCUUGGACCUCCAGCACACGCUUGAAGAUCUCUUUGCAAGAGUAGAAGCAGUUAAGGAAGAAAAUAUGAAGCUAAAAUCAGAAAACCAAGUGCUUAGACACUACUUAAGAAACCUCAUGUCAAGUUCCCAUGUUUUUCACUACACAAAAAACAAAAGAAUGUAA